UACAGUUUAUUCUCGUUGAUCCGUUGAAAACCUUCAUUUACUUCAUGCAACAUACUGAACUUAAGUGUUUGAUGUAUGACAUGUUUUAACUUGAUAUAUUGGGGUAUUAACCGUGCUCGCUGAACCUCUGGGACUGAAACGUAAGCUACGUCUCCCAGUCCCAACAGAUCGACCAUAAAUAACCCCAUGUCAACAGAUUUGAUACUAUGAACCAGAACCACACCGCGCAGUGUGCUGGGACGUUAAUGCACAGCGUAGGGAGUGUCUCUUUAUAGGUUUCAGCAGACGGACUUCGCUCACACAGGGACCCAACUCCGAUUGUUAGUUGGUAGACACCCACACACACACACACGCACACACACACACACACACACACACACACACACACACACACACACACACACACACACACACACACACACACACACACACACACACACACACACACACACGUGCACAACUGAUAAAAGCAAAUAUACAUGAACUUCAGGUCUGUGUGUGUGUGUGUGUGUGUGUGUAGGUUUGUUGUUAGAAGCAUUAUAACCCCAUGGCCAAUCAGGUUCCUUUUAAUGUCCAGAAGAAGAUACGGUGCUGGGUUUAUAUUUAACGAAUUUAACUUUGUUACGUGUCUACCUACUAUUAAUUAAUUUUGUAUUUAUGUAUUGGCAAGGUACCAAUGACUUACACCAUCAAUAAGUCAAAUGUGAUUAGGAUAAGGCACUAAUUUCAUUGGUGGUCCGUCAGUCAUAACGCCGUUUGUAGUGCAGUAAUAACUGAAUGCUGUAACCUUUUUGUGUGUCAAUGUUCCCACAAGUGCAUUCUAAUGCUGUAAGGACAUUGGGAUUCUUGUAAUGGUGGUACAAGAGUCUGCAACUAUCAGAUGAUAUGAAGCUGUCAUGACGCCGUCAUAUGAUGUAACAGUACUAUACCCACCUGGUAGUUCCAUGCUCGUAGCGAUGACAUUACGUUUGAUAGAGGCUGGAGCAACGCCCGGUGUCUGCAAGGAUUCUGGUGACUAGGCUAUUGUGAUACUGCCACUCAGGACGGGAAGUCACACACCAUGAGUUAUAAUCAGGAAGAGAGUUACAGUGAGGAUACCAUGCCGGUAGAGAGGAUGCGAAUGCGGCCGUGGUUGGAAGAGCAGAUAAAUUCUUGUCUGAUUCCAGGACUCAAAUGGGUCAACAAGGAAAAGAAAAUCUUCCAGAUCCCAUGGAUGCACGCGGCGCGCCAUGGCUGGGAUCUGCAGAAAGACGCUCCGCUCUUCAUGAAGUGGGCCAUACACACCGGUAAGUACCAGCUAGGCGUGGACCGCCCGGACCCCAAGACGUGGAAGGCCAACUUCCGCUGUGCGGUGAACAGCCUGCCGGACAUGGAGGAGGUGAAGGACAAGAGCAUCAAGAAGGGCACCAACGCCUUCAGGGUCUACAAGAUGCUCUCCUCAUCGGAGAGGAGCACCAAGAAAGGAAAGAAGAAGAAGGAUGGGAAACCCAAGGCAGCUAAAGAAGGUGACUUCAAGGCCGAGGAUGAGGGAGAGGAGGCGAUGAUGGGCAUGGACAUCAAGGAGGAAGUCUGUGAGGAAGAGGAUGGCAGAGAGCUGGACGGCAACCUGGGUAUCCACUACCCAAUAGGCGAGCACCUGAUCACCAGCGAGCAGCUGCCAUUUGUCUGCCAGACCAUCGAGGUGACUACUGAGAACGAAGAGCAGAUGGUCAGCUCCUCCCACUCCUACCCUCUCCAGAUCUCUCCCGUGUCUUCGUACUGUGACAGCGACACAGAUAGCUUGAACAGUGAGACAGAAGAUGCAGGAGAGUGCCCGUGUAUUGGAGUAAAUGGAGGCGUACACGGCAUUCAUGCAUCCUGUUGUGGAGAAAGACAAAGGAGGAGGGGCUUUCCACAAACUGGCGUGAGCGGCGCCUGGAUGCGGAACUACAGCACGUCCAUCCUCCGGAUGCCGUCGGGCCCUCUGCCCGGCAUGUCCAGCUUCAUGGCCAACAAGCCCAGCCUGCGUAUCACCACCAUCCAGGACCCCAACCCGCUCAUCAGUUACCGCGCCGACAAAUGGACCACGCGCUACGUCAAGUCAAAGCCCGGGACCACCGGGCACGAGGUGCGCGCCAGCGUCAUCAUGAAGACCUCCGACGUCAACUCGUCCUGACCUCUGACCUGUGCACAGGCCGUCUGAGGUUGUUUAAACGCUGCGUAGGGAGGACGUCGACACGUCCGUUGUCAUGGUUGCUGUUUUUGUUGACACAUCAUCGGCGGUUGGGACGGAGGUUUAUAGAGGCCCCGGGGCCCGGUGGGAUCUCAGGGCCCAAGCGGCCCUGUCAAAGUGUCGGGCCGCUUUGACAAGGACAAAGGGGUGGGUUUCUAACAUGGGACUGAAUGCAAUAUUCUACGUGAACUCAGAUGUCGGCUGGCAAGUCAGCUCUGCCGUCGCUGACAUGCAUCAAAGAAUCGCAGGGAUCUUUUUUUAGUUUUCUUUUUUUAAUGGUAACUAAUUUCAGAAAAAAGCCAAAUAUGUACCCAUGUAGUAGGAACGCCUCCUUCUUUCUGUCUGUCGGUUGGGCCUUCCCCAGAGAUGGCAGAGCAUGGAGCGUUCACACUGAGACGUGGAUGAACGUCGAUAAACAAGCCAACAGGCAGGCGGACCUGCAGACUUAUUGGCCGUGACCUUGUGGUCACUUCUUAUCUCCCUCUUCUCCUUGCUUGCUAUACAGUGUGUAGAAAUAUACGUGUCUUUCAGAUGCUUUUGCACAGCUCUUGUGUGUGUGUGUGUGUGUGUGUGUGUAUGUGUGCAUAUAGGAAAUCGACUUGACAAGCCUUAUAGAUGAUUUGUGCCUUCAAAAAUUGUGGUGCCUGUUUUCCUGAGGCACAUUUAUUAUGGCCCCUGCACAUGCUAGGUCAUACAAAAAAAAACGUAGUUGGAGUGGCAGAAAUAGCAGAGAGGGUCCUUCGUGGCUAACUGGAAGGAUAGAGAUGACAAUAAUUCCAAUACUAGAGAGUGUCAUUGAACGAUAAUAAGUUUGUUGUUUGAAGGCCGGUUGUGACGUGUAAAGGACAGGAGGUAUACCUGAACUGCAAGCAUGUUUUUGUAAAUAGUGUGGAUAUGUGUUGGUAGCUGUGUUGCACAGCUGAUGCACUAGAAGAUGACACUGUAUUCUGCUGUACCCACUGGUUAACCACUUUUUCUUUUAAUCCCAAACCUGAAUUUACUUUUGAAAUGUCUCCCCCCUUAAAAAGCAAGAACAGAGAUUCUAUAUGAUGAGAUCGUGUAAGAUAAUGUUUCAUAGUGACACAAGAGAAGUGCUUGGAAAUGAUUGAAUUUGCAGUCUUGUGUGCAAAAUCGUAUAUGAAGACAAUUUCCAGAUGGUAAUAUAUGGGACAGUGUGGUAUUGAUUACAAAUUAAGUGUUUUAAUCAGAUUAAGACCAGCUUUGAAAAACUUCUCAAUGUAUUGUCUGGUUUUUAUGUUCAACUUUAAAAGCAUAUUAUGUACUUUUGUUACUUGACGUCAGACCAGAUAAUGGGAAAUUGAUACCACUUUUAUGAAGUGGUAAUAUAUAUGGACCGUCCCAUAUGUUUUCAAUCUGUGUUUUUCCAAAUUGUACUAAUUGCUUUAUUUACCCCCCCCACACUUUUUAUGAAUAUCUCCCUCCUAUUUGCUUGUCGAUGUCUGUUUAAUCUGUGAAUGAAUCUAGGUCUGUCAGAUAAACGGCCAAAGUGCACUUAAACCCUGAGCCCCUUCUGCCUAGAUGUGUAAUAAAGGGAAGUCCUUGUGAACCUGAAAAAUGAACAGAGAGAAACAUUGAAUGUGACUUGAUCAAUUGUAAUUGUAUUUCCUUCAACCAAGAUGAAAAUCCAUCAUACCAUAUGUUUUUAGAUCGGCUUAUGCUCGCCUGAUGAUACUUUGCACCAUGAGUUCUCAAUGUAUCUUUGUUCAAUCUAAAUUAGGCCUAUAUGUAUUGUCCAAAAGGCUUUAAGAUCACACACCACAAAAUCUCCCAUGUCUUAGAAAGGAGGCCCCUCUCUCUGGCCCCUUCUUCUUUCAAUAUUUGUAUCAUGAGAAAUCAUAGAAUUUUAACGCAAGUUCCACGACGACCAGUGUGUGUGAGGCCUCCCUUGCGAAUCACUGCCGUUUUGUAAACGGUUUUGUAAAAGGUUUUCACACUGCACUGGCUCUGACUGGUUAAAAUCCGCCCUACAGUGUGGAUUCUAUCUUACCUGUGGAUCAACUACUAAAUCACAAUAAAGGACUUUUAUUUA